CAAAUCCAACAUUUUAAAAAUAUUCGGGUCAGCGGGUUAUUCUAACGGACCAGUCCCAUUAGCAUUGGACUCUUCUCAUUGUUAAAGUUUGAAGAGCAACGCGGGAAGCUCAUUAACUGUGACAAUGGAGUCACCUAGGCACACGUGCGUGAAACUGAAAAUAUCAGAGCCUGACAACGAAUCCGAAUCCGAACCCAUAUUCGUUAAAGGCACGUGGUAUUCGACUCGUUUCGACCUCUCCGUCACUAACGGUCUGCAUGCUUGGACUUGCCAGGCGACGGAGGAGGAGGUCAAGGAGAGAGCUACACAAUGGGACCAACCGGUGAGUGAAUACAUUCACUUAGCUGAGAAAUACCUCGGGUUUGAACAGCCGGGUUCGGUUUACGGGUUCUCGGAUGCUGGAAACGGGUUCAAAAGGGGUUUGGAUGUUGGAAAAUGGUACAAAAAAAUCGCAAACUUGUCAAUGUUAACAUGGACCUUUGAGAAGGAAGGCACAAAAUUGGAAUGGCGAUGGAAAUGUCAACCUUCACCAGAUAGCAAGAUAACUACAGCAGAUGUAUUGGACUUUCUCAUGGAUGCUAACACAAGAUUAAGUGAGGAAGUUGUCCGGCAAACCCAGUCAACUAACAGGCUCAAAGUAGAGGCAGAAAAAUGUUUGUCUCAAAGUGAGAAACCCAGCAAUGAGAAGACACGGUUUGAAAAGAAAAUCUAUGGGAAGUUUGCUGGGGUCUUGAGUUCAAAGAAAGCAAAACUCAGACAGCUUCGUGAUCGGCUUUCCAAACAAGUAAAUGCAAAACAAUUGCACGAAGAAGAUGAAGUGUCCAAAGAGAGGACUGAGAGUUUUGAUGAAGAAACUGAUGAAGGCGAUAGUGAUGAAGAGCGCAGGAAGAAGGAUACGGGUUACACUAAGGAUGUCCCUGCUCGUAGGCCUCAUGGUAGAAAGAGGAAGUGACCUCCUAAAUGUUCACCAUAAUAGCAUGUGUAGUUCAAUCCUGUCUGCACCUCCAUCUCAGGCUUGGUUGUCUAAUUCUUAUGGAAAACUUGUCAUAGAAACCAGCAACGUUAUAUCUGGAUUCUGGGCAAGGAAACCAGGCGGUGGGCAGGUUUUAUAUACACUUAGUCAGAUACUUGGUUAUCAUUUUGAUUGGAAUUAGUAUAUAAUUAUGAGUAACAGAAAUGCUACUGGUUUUUGAUCAAUGUAAAAAUGUAUUGCUUAUUUGGAAAUCUAGUUACAGGUUUUGAGUAGAGUCAAGGUACACGACAUGCAAUGCCACUUUAUUAAAAUAGGAACAUUGGAUGGUUGUUUUAGAUAU